UUGAGCCCGGAGCCCGCGAAGGCGCAGACUGGCGGUGGCCGGAGCUAUUCAAAAUGGCUAGUACAUUCCAGGAGACAUCUACACUUGAAGCUACUUUAGAAAAUGUUGAUACUAAGCUGUCUUUUCUACCUGAAAGACUGAGAAAUAAACUACUGCCCUUUCAGGAGGAAGGCAUCAUAUUUGCACUUCAGAGAAAUGGCAGGUGUAUGAUUGCUGAUGAGAUGGGUCUAGGCAAAACCAUUCAAGCAAUUGCCAUUUCCUAUUACUAUAAAAAUGAAUGGCCUCUCUUAAUUGUAGUGCCUUCAUCUAUGAGGUACCCUUGGGCUGAAGAGAUGGAGAAGUGGAUUCCAGAACUCUCUCCAGAUGAUAUUAGCAUCAUUCAGAACAAAAUUGAUAUUGGGAGAAUAUCAACCAGCAAAGUAACGAUUCUGGGGUAUGGCCUCUUAACUUCUGAUGCACAGACUUUAGUAGACUCUUUGUACAGGCAGAACUUCAAGGUAGUGGUGGUUGAUGAAUCCCACUACAUAAAAUCCAGAAAUGCCAAGCGCAGCAAGAUUUUGUUACCAAUCGUGCAGAAAGCUCUUAGAGCUAUUCUUCUUACUGGAACUCCUGCUUUAGGAAGACCUGAAGAGCUUUUCAUGCAGAUUGAGGCACUCUUCCCAAGAAGAUUUGGAACCUGGAGUGAAUAUGCCAAAAAAUACUGCAAUGCUCGUGUCAGGUUUUUUGGUAAAAGGACUCAAUGGGACUGUAGAGGAGCUUCGAAUUUGGAAGAACUGCAUCAACUUCUGAGAGAAAUAAUGAUCAGAAGACUGAAGAAUGAUGUUCUCACUCAGUUGCCUCCCAAAGUCAGGCAGCGUAUUCCAUUUGACCUCCCAGAAGCUGCAGCUAAGAAAUUGAAUGCCACUUUUGCAGAGUGGGAGAAAUUAAUGAGAAAUCUGAAUUCAGAAGCUACUGAAAGCCACUUCUCUCAAGUCAUGAAUCUAAUCACAUACAUGUAUAAGGAAACAGCCAUUGCCAAGGCAGGAGCAGUAAAGGACUAUAUCAAAAUGAUGCUUGAAAAUGACAAACUGAAGUUUCUAGUGUUUGCUCAUCACUUAAGCAUGCUUCAAGCCUGUACACAAGCUGUUAUAGAAAGUAAGGUUCGCUACAUACGAAUAGACGGAAGUGUUCCCUCAGCAGAAAGAAUACAUCUUGCUAAUCAGUUUCAGAAGGAUCCUGAUACCAGGGUUGCUAUUUUGAGUAUUAAGGCAGCUGGUCAGGGUUUAACUUUCACUGCUGCUACUCAUGUUGUGUUUGCUGAGUUAUACUGGGAUCCAGGCCAUAUUAAGCAAGCAGAAGACAGAGCACACCGAAUUGGGCAGUGCAGUUCUGUGAAUAUUCACUUCCUUAUUGCAAAAGGAACAAUGGAUACUUUCAUGUGGGCAAUGCUGAAUCGCAAGGCCAGAGUUACAGGCAGCACCUUGAAUGGCAAGAAAGAGAAAAUACAGGCUGAAGAAGGCGAUAAGGAGAAAUGGGAUUUUUUGAACUUUGCUGAGACCUGGACCCCAAAUGAAAGUCUUGAAGAGCCCAAAAAUGAACUUUUAUUUACACAUCUUGAAAAGGAAAGGCAGCACGACAUACGUUCUUUCUUUUCCCCAAAAUCCUCGACUGAGAAAAAACGCAAAAUGUUUUCUGAUAAGGAGAUGUUCCAUAAUGAUUCAAAAUCUUCUGAAGUCACCAAAGAAGAGGAUGCAGAGAAGAGCAAUGAAAACCUGGAUUCCACAAGAAUAAGCAAUGUGGAUACAAGUUGUGAUGAAAGUACCUGUGAACACGAAGCUAAAAGAGCAAGAAGAUUAAGUGGAUCUAGUCCAGUCAACUCUAGUAAGAAAAAGACAAAAUCUUUGAUGGGAAAGGAGCUGUCUUCACUGUCAGAAAAAAAUAAUCAAGUCUUUCCUUCUGGGUUAAAUACUUCAAGCAAAAGUACAACUUCAAAUAAAGUUUGGCAGUGUAGUGUUUGCACUUACAGUAACAACGAGUUGCUCCCUUACUGUGAAAUGUGCAAUUGCCCUCAAAGCAGUAGUGUUAAGAGAAGUUGUGAUGCUCCCACUAGCCAGACUGAAGAAGACAUGUUAAAGAACUCCAGAAGAAAUGAAAAAAGCACAGUGUGCAGUGCUGAAGAUAGAAGAGAUGUGGGGGAAAUGGUGACCCAGCAAUUUGUUGAAAUCAGCAAACAGGAAACUGUUGAAAUUGAAAAUGAAGAAAGUGAAAAGAAGUGUGAAGGAGUUGUAGAUAAAUCAGACACAUUUGAAAUAUAUGACGGACUUAUGUUUUGUGCAAGCAGAAAUACUGAUAGAAUUCACCUCUACACCAAGGAUGGUGAACCACUGAACCAUAAUUUCAUUCCAUUGGACAUACAGCUGGAUAACUGGGAGGAUUUACCAGACACCUUCCAGCAUAAGCGAAAUCGUUCACUGAUACUGAGGUUUGUGAAAGAAUGGAGUCACCUAACAGCAAUGAAGCAGAGGAUUGUCAGAAAAAGUGGUCAGAUGUUUUGUAGUCCUAUUCAUGCUGCAGAGGAGCUGUCUAAAAAGCAGUCAGUGGCCAGCAGCACAAAAAGGUACCUGACCAAGGGGGACGUAGCAGCAGCCUCGCUUAGCAAAGCCAGCAGCAGCGGGGGCAGUGUGCGCCUCAUCUCCAAAGACGGAGGAAAUGCUUCUGCUGAACAAUCAGGUCCUUCCACAAUGACACUUUCAGACAACAGAAAAGGCCCCUCAGCUCCUCCUUCAGAGCAUACUAAAGCUGAAGGCUCCUCCCCACCCAAAGGCUAUCUGCAAGCCCUGGACAGCCAGGAGAACCCCCUCUGUCUUAGCUGUCAACAGCCGACAGCGGAGCCAGGCUGCCAGGCCAGUGCCUGGGACACACGGUUCUGCUCUCAUGCUUGCCAGGAGGACUUCUCCAUUCGCUCCAGUCAGAGCUACCUCAGGACUAAAGUGUUUGAAACUGAACAUGGAGUUUGCCAGCUUUGUAAUCAAAAUGCCCAGGAGCUCUAUCUCAGCGUCAGAGAUGCUCCCAAGAAUCAGCGAAAGAAACUUCUGGAGAGUUCUUGGAUGUCUCAGCUUCCUCUUGGGCAGCUGAAUGAAAUAAUAACGAACCCAACAGAAGGACAGUUCUGGCAGGUAGACCACAUCAAGCCUGUUUAUAGUGGAGGAGGACAGUGCUCCCUGGUGAACCUUCAGACUCUGUGUACAGUCUGCCACAGAGAGAGAACAGCAAAGCAGGCCAAGGAAAGAAGCCAGCUGAAGAGACGUUCUUUAGCCACAAAGCACAGCUGUGAUAUCACCAAGUUCUUUGUGAAGAUGUGAGUGCAAAAUCCAUUCCCUUACAUUGUAACUUAGAAACCAGCACAGUUCCACCACUUUUCCUCAUGCACUGACUUAAAAAAGCACCUUUGUAGUCUGUCAUGGUGGUAGCAGAGAGAAGAAAAUGAGGAAUUAAAACCAAGUCAUCAUUUAUAACACUAAUUGUCAGGUGGCCUUGGGUGAGGAUAUCCAAAGUACUUGAUCAUGGUUAUAUUUUUUAUGACCCUGCGGUUUAAAGCUAAAUCUCUGUGACUGCAGUGUGAGUUUAAAGCAUUGCUGUUUUCCUGUGACAGCACAGUUACAACUGCAAGAAUUCCAGGAAAUUCUGUUGAAACUUUCAUUGGGUUGAGGCGUACUGGGCAUAGUUUGGACCAAGAAGAUAUCAGAAUUCAAAGUCUUUUCUUGGUUCAGAUUCCAAAACUGCUGUACAAGACACAGGCUUUUGUAUCUAUGACAAAAAUAGCAUGAAGGUGAUUUGUCUCUUCUAAAAUUGUCUUACACGAUUCUCAUCAGCUGUGAAAGGUCUACUGUUGGCACUGGGCCUUGCUCAGAGGGCUUUGGCAUCUAGGAAUUAAUGUGUAUUGAAUCUGUUCUUAUUUAGACCAGCUUGUAUUAGAAACUUAUCCAUGCUAAGGAACAAUAAAUAUUACCAAUGAUAGUUUCUGGCAAAUGUUAGUCACAUUCCCCUGAACCAGGCUGCAGAGAUGCUGAUUAUUUUGGACCAUUUUACGUAGCUUUCUUCACAGUUACUUCAGAUUUCCUCAAAUAAACACAUUUCUGGUUUUCUUGGUGAUGUUUUUAAUGCUUCAUCUGUUUUUCCCUCACUCCUUGAAUGUUGUAAUGCAGUAGUGAGGAGCACAUAAAGCACAUCCCUACACUACCGCCUCUUCUCCAAGUACAUGACUGCAGUUUCAAGUACAUCUAGUUAAAAUGGGCAGA